AUGCGCCUUGCAUGCAGGUCUAAGGACCAACAGGCGUCUGCCUCAGUGCCAACACAACCGAUCGGCGGUGCUCGCGGGCGAGCUGCGCCUCAUUGGCGGGCCAAGUCGUUGAAACCCUCCUCGUCUCGAAAAGGCAACGAAUUUUUGCUUAUAAUCCUGGCUCUUGGAGCCCCUGAGGAUACACACCGGAAGCUGGUCGAGGCGGCUGCCAAGGCUGGAGUGCAAUACGUUCUGACCAAUGCAUACGGUGUUGAUGUGUACGGAAAGCCAGGUCUACAGGACGCGCUCCCAGUUGGCAAGGCCAUCGUUGAAAACAUUGAGCACGCGGGAAGUUCUGGCUUGACGUGGUUCUCCAUGUUCACGGCCCUUGGGUACGAGUACGGUUUGUCGUACGGGACAGACCUGCUCGGCAUCGACAAAAAGAACCGUACUGCUACAUUCUUUGACGACGGCAAGAAGCCCAUUGAGUUUACGACAAUCUCACAGCUUGUUCGUGCAGCUGUCGCCUUGCUCAACCUAGAGGUUCUUCCAGAUAAUAAGAACGACAAGUCUGUGACUCUCUCCCAGUUCUUCAACAGGCCAGUUUACGUUUCAAGUUUCCACCCCAGCCAAGCGGAUAUUCUCGAAAGCAUCAAGAGGGUGACGGGCAAGGAGGAAAGUGAGUGGCGUGUAUCUUACGAGUCGGGUAAGCAAAGUUACGAAGACGGCAUGAAGUUGAUCUCUGAGGGCAACCCGGCUGGCUUCGCAAAGGCAAUUUUCGCCCGCGCACACUACGCCGGCUACCUGGCUCCAGUAGAUGAGCUGUACGCUAAGUACGAUCGCGAGGGCCUACAGGCUGCGCGUUAA